AAAAAAAAAAAAAAAAAAAAAAAAACGCCUAACGCUCCUUGGUGUCUCAGUUGUACCAAAAACCAAAACCAAAACGCUUUUUGAAACACUGAGGAAGAAGAUAAUACAAUUGCAAAUCCAUAUACAUUCACAGAACAACACGACCUCUGAACCAACUUCCAUGGACUCUCGCUCUCAGAUCUUGCACCUAACCUAGCCGAUUUCCAGAGGUUUUGUUGUAAGGAUAAGGAGUGGGAAGCUGCUGUGGUGCUGGUGAGGGAUAUGACGGUCUGACGUAGAGAACGGCGAGAUGGACGAUAGAGGUGGUGGAUCGUUUGUUGCUGUGAGGAGGAUUUCUCAAGGACUGGAGCGAGGAAAUACUUGCCAUUCGUCUUCAGCUGAGGUUGUGGCAGGAUCAGCUGCAUGGCUUGGCCGGGGUCUUUCUUGUGUUUGUGCACAGAGAAGAGAAAGUGAUGCGCGCUCAUCAUUUGACUUAACCUCUGCACAGGAGGAAUGCUUGCUGAGACUGCAGAACCGCAUAGAUAUUGCUUAUGAUAGUUCAAUCCUUGAGCACCAGGAGGCUCUAAGGGCUCUAUGGAAUGUGGCCUUCCCGGAGGAAGAACUUCGUGGUUUGAUAUCUGAGCAGUGGAAGGAAAUGGGCUGGCAAGGAAAGGAUCCAUCGACAGAUUUUAGGGGUGGUGGUUUUAUUUCAUUGGAGAACUUGUUAUUCUUUGCCAGAAAUUUUCCGAAGUCAUUCCAGGAUCUUCUUCGAAAGCAGGAAGGAGAUCGGUCUCUAUGGGAAUACCCAUUUGCUGUAGCUGGGGUGAACAUCACAUUUAUGCUUAUUCAAAUGCUUGAUCUUGAAGCAGUCAAGCCACGGACACUUGUGGGAGCAACUUUCUUGAAGUUUCUUGCAGAAAAUGAUUCGGCAUUUGACAUACUCUAUUGUAUCACGUUCAAACUAAUGGAUCAUGAAUGGCUUGCCAUGCGUGCAUCAUAUAUGGACUUCAAUACGGUAAUGAAAGCAACACGACGACAACUAGAAAAAGAGCUCCUAGCCGAGGACAUUUCAAGACUAGAAGAACUACCCUCAUACGGCCUUCUCAAUCAAUAGUGUUUGCUUGCGGACCAAACAUCUCAUUUUCUAAUGGAAACAGCUCGUGGGAAA